AUACUUUAGCUCACCAGAAUUAACCGCCGGAAUAAAAGAAAAUGCAGCAUCUAUCAUCAUCUUCAUUGAUGCUCCGCCGCUUUAGCUGUCUAGUAACACCACUUCCAUCCGCCACCGUAUUCUCAACUUCUUCUUUUGCUGCUAAUAAUAAUGGCAAGAAGAAGAAGAAAAAGCUUGUUUUUCUAGGCUCUCCUUCUGUUUCUGCUUCUGUUCUGGAGAAGCUUCUAGAUGCAUCUUCUGCUUCUGAUUCGUCAUUUGAGGUAGCAGGUAUAGUUACUCAGCCAGCUUCAGGGAGAGAUAGGGGAAGGAAGGUGAUGCCGUCGCCAGUCGCACAACAUGCUCUCGAUAGAGGCUUCCCUCCUCAUCUCAUUUUCACUCCUCUUAAAGCCUCCGAGGAAGAAUUUUUGUCCAACUUUAGCGAACUUGAGCCAGAGCUUUGCAUCACGGCGGCAUAUGGAAAUAUAUUACCAACCAAAUUCUUAAAGAUUCCUUCGUUAGGAACUGUCAAUAUACACCCAAGCUUGCUGCCUUUAUACCGUGGAGCAGCUCCUGUUCAGAGAGCUUUGCAGGAUGGAGUAAAAGAAACUGGCGUAUCAUUGGCAUUUACCGUCCGGGCACUGGAUGCUGGUCCCAUUAUUGCAUCCGAGAAAAUGGAAAUAGAUGACAAUGUUAAGGCUCCAGAAUUGCUUGAUCUGUUGUUUGCUAGAGGUUCAAAACUACUUCUUCAAGAACUUCCAUCUAUAUUUGAUGGGUCAGCAAGAACAAAAGCUCGAGCACAGGAUGACUCAAAAGCUACUUUGGCUCCAAAGAUGAAUCAAGAGGAGUCGUGGUUAUCCUUUGACGAAGAAGCUUUAGUUCUACAUAAUAAGGUACGGGCUUUUGCAGGUUGGCCUGGAACCCGAGCCAAACUUCUUGUAAUUGAUGAGAAGAGUGAUAAAUGCAAUGAGCUUGAGCUCAAAGUUAUAACUUCUAGAGUUUAUCAAGGUAAUGAUGUUCAGAGGAGCGAAGAUGAUGAGGUCACCUUCAGGAGAGGGUCACUGAUAGUACCAUGUGGUGGGCACACCAUUCUUGAGGUCUUGGAACUCCAGCUGCCAGGUAAGAAAGUGGUAAAUGCAGCUGCAUUUUGGAAUGGUUUGAGAGGUCAAAAAUUGAUGAAGUUGCGGUUAUAGUACUUCUCCUAAAACGGAAGAUUCUAGCACGUCUAUUCGAGGCUUUGUGGAAAUGGCACAUCAGAUUGUGCAUAAAAAGAUUUCUGCAUUGUGAAAGGAAGUUUGACGAACCAAUCGAGAGUACUUCACGUGCCUUAUUUUUGGGUCCAGAUUGAAGAUACAAAGGUACCAUUUUUGGUGUUUGGAGCUUAGAGUUGAAAACUAUCUUAAACGCUGGUAGAAGCAGGUUAUGAAUGUAUGAUAUAUUUAGGGUACACCCGUUUUUCCUUUAAGGUGCUCAGCAACCAAAUUUCCAGCAGUUAUGCAGUUCCAAGUCCAUGGUUACUAAUAACUAUGCGUGUAUGCUCUUUCUGUUUUAGAACCGUGAUAUGUAAUAUCCACUUUGGGAAUUGGUAGGGUCCGUAGUUGGACUGUGCCAGGGAAAGCGUCUCUUCCACACGAGACGAUAAACCUAAGUAGGAUGGGUUGAACCUCUUCCACUACUGAUGUCAAACCAUCUUUGAGCUUUGACAAUUUAUAAAAAUUAAUUUGCCAA